CUUCGAAAUGGUCGAUAACAUCACCAAACUCACAGCAGGAGAUGCCGCAUACGCCAAGAAACGUUCCAAGAAGCGGGAACGCGUCCAAGAAGUUCUCUUCGACAGGGAGGCAAGAAAAGAAUACCUGACAGGAUUCUCCAAGCGCAAGAAGCAGCGUCAAAAGCAAGCACAGGUCGAGAUUGAGGAGCAGAACCGGAAGGAUAGGCUUGAGGCUCGUGCGAGGAUACGUCAGGAGCGGAAAGCGGAGUUGGAGGAUGCUAUUGAGCAGAAUAAGAUUGCGCUGGAUUUGGAGGCGUCGGGCGAUGAGGAUGAGGAGGAGGAAUGGAAGGGAAUUCAGGACGGACCAGGCCAUGAAGCGGGAAAUGCCGCUCCCAAGAAGCCUACAAGUCUUUGGGAAGAGGAUGUUUAUGACGACGGCGAAAAAGUGACUACGGUCACCGUUACCGAAGAAUUCGGAGAAGAAUCCGAGGAUGACCGACCACCACCACCAAAGAAGUCCAUCACUGCCGACGACACCAAGGAGAAGGAUGCUGCCAAGAAGAAGUGGCCAGACAAGAAGAAGAAGCCAAAGUUCAAGUACGAAUCAAAGGAAGUCAGAAGAGCCGGACGAGUAAGGCAAGCAAUGGACCGUAAGAAGCGGGUAGACGAACGCAAGGCUGGAUCCGGGAAAGCUGGGUCCGGGAAAGCUGGAUCCGGGAAAAGAAAAUGA